GACAAGUCAGCUUCCGGUUGCUUCGAUAUUCUGGUAACGUGUUCGGAUGUUAUGGAAUACUUGGUCAGGCAGCACUUGUUCUGCUAAGCAAAGCCGCCCUUAAACUCAAUACCAAGAACCUCAGUUCAAAAAGGGACCAGAGAUAAGCAUGUUGAAGACUAUAUACUUCACUGGUAUUGUUUUGCUAGGAUCUGCAAUAUCUUUUGUUGUUGGAGAUAUAUCUGAAGAAUGUCAGAAACAGCUUACAUGUGGUGACUGUAUAAGACUAAGCCCAGAGUGUGCUUGGUGUCAAGAUUUGAAUUACUUUGGUCAAAAAACACCAAAAUGUAAUAUGCUACAGAAACAUCUUGAAAAUAAAUGCAAGAAUGUAUCGAACCCUCUAUCUGGACAUGAUGCCAAAGCAGUGGACAGUCUUGAUGACAAAAUCAAAGUUGCACCACAGAAUUUAACUCUUCGCUUACGUCCAGGACAACCAUCUACCUUCAAUGUCAAAGUCCGAAUGCCAGAGAAUUACCCUGUUGAUCUUUACUACCUUAUGGACCUGUCAGGAUCGAUGUUGGAAGACAUUCAGCAAGUCAAAACCUUAGGCAAAAAACUAGCCCAGGAGAUGUCAGGGAUUACCAAGUCAUUCCGUCUUGGUUUUGGUGCUUUUGUUGAUAAGCCGCUGGCUCCUUAUAUCGACACGUACCCUCCAGUGUUAAUGCAUCCAGCUAUUAGUAACCCAAAAUCUGUACCUGCUUUUGGUUUCAAAAACAUGCUUCCACUGUCGGAGAACCCAACUGACUUUGAGCAAACUGUGGGCUCACUGAACAUCUCCGGUAACGUUGACCGUCCCGAAGGGGGCUUAGACGCACUGGUUCAAGUCGCUGUAUGUGAAAAGGAAAUUGGCUGGAAAAGUAAACUCGAUGCUAGACGAUUAGUAAUCCUGUGUACAGACUCUGGCUACCAUUUUGCUGGAGAUGGACUGCUUGCCGGUGUUGUAGUUCCUAAUGAUGCUAAAUGUCAUCUUGAGGGUGGUACUUACGCUGCUUCAACUACUCUGGAUUUUCCGUCUGUUGGAUCUGUCCGCGAAAUUCUUCUAGAGAAUCAAGUGGCUCCAAUAUUUGCAAUCACUAAAACUCAAGUUGGUGUUUACGAGACAUUGGCCAGUUUUCUUGGCAGCGAGACCGGAGCAGUUGCACAAAGGCUGAACAAUGACUCCUCUAAUGUUGUGCCCCUUGUACGCGAGGCUUAUUUGAGAAUUGCUCAAACCCAGACGAUCACAGACAACGCACCAGAAGGCAUCAAGAUCAAAUACACGGCUAACUGCCCAAAUGGUAAACGUGAAGGUGAAAAUACCUGUACUGGUGUGAAGAUAGGACAAGAGGUGUCUUUUGAUGUAUCAGUGACAGCUGCAGAUUGUUCUAACAAACAACCAGGGUUUUCUUUGAAAACUGCAUUCGGAGACGUGAAUGUCAAACUGGAGUAUAUAUGUGACUGUGAAUGCGAGAAACCACAAAAUUCAGUUGUGAAGAGUCCUAUCUGUAACACUAACGGUACACUACAAUGUGGAGUCUGCAAAUGUAACGAAGAAACUGGAGGAAGACUUUGCGGCUGCCCUAUUAAAGAUGUGUACGAUACUAGUCGCUGCGAGAGCAAUGUAACCGAUCCGUUGCUUGGAGACGAGAAGACGCCCGUUGGUAACCAUGGCAACAGUAAGACGGGUAACGGCACUGCUAAAGUCUGUAGUGGACGUGGCGAAUGUGUUUGUGGCGAGUGUGUUUGCAGUAAGAGCAAGAUUCCUGGUGAGAUCAUCUAUGGGGAUCACUGUGAAUGCACUAACAUGGACUGUCCAAGAGAUCCAAUCUCUGGACUCGUCUGUGGAGGCCCUGAACAUGGUAGCUGUGCUUGUAAAGUAUGUACUUGUGUGGGUAACUGGACAGGACCGGACUGUAUGUGUACCCGAGAUACUAAACCAUGUUUCAACGAAAACAAUGUACUGUGCAGUGGACGAGGCACAUGUGAAUGUGGUAAAUGUGUCUGUAACUCGACUCUCAGUUAUAAAGGAACCUUCUGUGAUGAUUGUCCGACUUGUAAAGGGAAGUGUGCUGAGAACCGUGACUGUGUGCAGUGUUGGGUGUUUGGUACUGGUAAACUAAAUGCUGCACAAUGUCAAGCCCAGUGUAAAGAUGCGGUGUACAUCAUGAAGGAUGAAAUCACUUCCGAAAUGGGUGAGCAGUGUCAGUUUACAGAUGAAGAUGACUGUAAAGUUUAYUUCGCCUACCGAGAGAAUGAAAACAGGCAAUUGGAGAUCUUUGUUAAAAGAAAAAGGGUCUGUCCUGAAGAGGCAGGAGCAUUAGCCGUCAUUCUAGGCGUUAUUCUUGGCGUACUGGGUGUUGGUCUGGCUUUACUAUUGAUAUGGAAACUCCUUGCCACUAUUCAAGAUCGAAGAGAAUUCGCCAAGUUUGAGAAAGAAAGACAAAACGCUAAAUGGGACACGGGUGAGAAUCCAAUCUUUAAGCAAGCCACAACGACGUUUCAGAAUCCUACUUACCAUGGCAAAUAGAACCGAACUUGUUGCCUAGCAACCAUGGUAUUUGAUGACGUAUUAAGUCAUGUGAUAUAAUGAUGUCAUGUGACUUCAUGUGAUGCCACGUGUAUCUUGGUUGGAUGUAGGAAACUAAAAAUUUAGAGGAUGGAAGGAUGAAAGGAUGGAAAAAUGGUACGUGGCAUAUGUAUGAUACCAUACAAAAAUGGAACAGAAAGCUACGAAACAAGUUGAAUAUAUUGCUUCGGCUCCGAAAGCCGCCUUAGGAAUGAAUUUCAAGAAUGUUUAAAGUUUCUUUUAGUAAGAUAUUAAUAACCGUUAAAUUUCCGAGAGCUGUGCUCUAGUAGCUAAAAUAAUUCUUACUUUAUUCACAUUUGGAUAGCAAUUAUAUAUUUUUAAUUUCAGGAAACUAUUUUAUUAUUUGCUGUGAAAUGUUUAUCAUCUGAAAUACUUUUUUAUACUAUUUUGAGGUGAAUUAGGAAAAUACCUCGAAUCAGCUUGACCUCGUAUUUUUUUAGUCCGAAAAAAACACCUUUAAAUUUGGUUCUUGUUUUUAGAAACGCUUGUCUGUUCGCGAAAAUAAUUGUUAAACAGUAUAGUAGCUAAACCGAAGAAUAAUAUUUUAGUCCCAAAUCAACGAUAUCAACUAGGAAGAGACCACUACAGUACCCUUCAAAUUGGUUCUUAUUUUCACUUCUAUAUAUAGUUACUAUUUUUAUAUUUAAAGACAGAAGGAUAUCGAUAUCUUUCUCAAGGAAAUAUUAUUUUCUAAGGGAAUCAUUGACUAGGUAAAGGCCUGAUAGAUAGACCUGUUUUCCCAUUUCAGACCGCGUGUCAAUUCCUAGAGUAUCAUUUCUUUGUUUAAUGGUUGCACAUGAGAAGACACAUGAAAAGGAUACAACUCAAAAAAAGAAUUUUAUUCUCAAGGGAAUGACACGUGGUCUGAAAUGGGAAGACAUUACGCCUGAGCCGAGGAGGUCUAUUGCAAUACACUUUGUUCAAUGGUUUAUUGUUUAGGGUUGGUAGUGUGUUCUAAAUCCCUUAAUCAAACUUUAUGAAAACUUUAAAAUUGUAUAGUAAUGUUUUAGAUUUGAUGUUAGAGCGAGUAUUAGAUUGCAAGGGCGUGUGAACACGUGUUUUAGAGCUAGUUGUUGGUUAGUAAUAGACUAGUAUCAGUUAUUUGCAGGUCGUUUUAUGUAUUUUAGUGUCAUGUACAAUAAGAGACAUUUAAUGUUCAGAUUAAAAUAAAAUGUUCUAAUUUUUAUAACCAAA